ACUCCACAGAUCUUACAGGUGAAUCUAGUGAUGUCCAUGUUGCUGUAUGUGUUGUUCCUAGCGUACCUCUACGGUAUCCAGGCAACGCACAUGGAGCGCCAGCAGCCUCCGCCCACCCAGGACCCCAUCAACUCCCUCAUCAUCCAGCUGCUGCAGGCGGACCUGACCCGCGGCCGGGGGAGGCAGGGUGAGGGCCAGGACAGGCAGGCCCAGGACACAUUGCCACCGUUGGGCCUGCUCGCCAUUGACACCCCUCUGGACGACAGUAGAUUCCUGGAGAGGCGCAGCUCGCUGUACCAGCCCAGGUCAUCUGACCUGCUGGUGCAGCAGAAACACUACAACUCUCCCCGGGUCCUGCUGAGUGAGCGGGCGCCCCUGCAGCCCCCUCCGCUCUACUCUAUAGAUGACUACGUGGGCAGCUCUAGCAGAACCAACAAGACCCGCAGGAAGAGAUACGCAGAACACAAGAGUUACCGCGGGGAGUACUCCGUCUGUGACAGCCAAUCACAGUGGGUGACAGACAAGACGAAUGCGGUGGACAUCAGGGGUCGUCAGGUCACCGUCCUGGAUCAGAUAAAGAUGGGAACCGCUGAAAGCAACUUUGUUAAGCAGUACUUCUAUGAGACCAAGUGUCGGACUGCCAAACCUUUUAAGAGCGGCUGUCGCGGCAUCGAUGACAAACACUGGAACUCGCAGUGUAAGACCUCUCAGACGUACGUCAGAGCUCUGACGCAGGACCGGACCUCUGUGGGCUGGCGCUGGAUACGGAUAGACACUUCCUGUGUCUGUGCGUUGUCACGGAAACAUCGCAGGACGUAAACACACAACCCGACCAUAGACAUUAUGGAAUAUAUUUCCUUAUUGUGAAGGGGGGCUGUACAUAUAAAUUAUUAUUUAAGUUAUGUGAAAUACAUGUAGUUUCUACAUGGCUAUAUAUGAUAUAUAAAUAUAUUUGUUAUUUAUUGAAGUCAUCAUAAAAGGAAAAAAAUAAUAAAAAAAUAUACCAAGAACAGCCACCACACAGCCUAGCAUCUUCAGACUCAG